AACCAAGUGAUUUCGACGUUGUCGGAAGCUGAUAGGUGACCGGCUGGUAAUUUCUGUCGCUACGGGUGAGCGGGGAACGAGCCACGUGUUGCAGUACCUGGAAGCGCUGAUUUUUUGAGGUUAAGUUGCCGCUGUGUGGUUUGUUGAAAUGAGCCAAGGAGGCAUGGUUUCAUCCAUCGAGCCGUUCCGCAAGGGUUCUUCGUUUUCGGACUGGAUUUGCCGUCUGAAAUAUACAUUCGACGAUCUAGCGAAACCUGGAACCAGUUCAGAGAAGCAGCUCACGGACAUGAUGGGUCGAUUGACAACAGCUGGCGACAUGGCUGGAAGUGACAGCGAUGAUAGUUACUCCGAAUGGAACUCAGGUGAAUUGCAGUGUAUGUGUGUGGAGUCCAUUAAUAAGAUUAGUGAGCCAUGUUUGAUGAAUGUCAAACUUGAUGAUAUUUUGGUGUCGAUGGAAGUAGAUUGUGGUUCUACGGUUACUGUGAUGGGCAAGAGCCAAUAUUUUACUCUUUUUGACAAACCUUUGAAACAAUGUGAUAAGCAACUUUUGGUGGUGAACGGAAACAAGCUGGAAAUUGAGGGAGAAACAGAUGUGUUAGUUGAGCUCAAUGGUUCUAGACAUGUUUUGAAGCUUCUUAUUUUGAAUUCAAACUUUAAAUUUAUUCCACUUUUUGGCAGGAACUGGAUGGAUAUUUUCUUCUCUCAAUGGAGGCAAUUUUUUUCUAGCAAUUUGAUUGUUGAUGAACAAGUCAAUAGUUUAACUACACCAAAACGUGAAGAAUUGAUUGAGGAAAUUAAAAAUGAUUAUGGUGAGGUUUUCAUUAAGGAUUUUUCUACUCCUAUUAAAGGUUUUGAAGCUGAAUUGGUUUUGAGGAGUGAUGUGCCCAUUUUUAAAAAGGCUUAUGACGUACCUUACAGGUUAAGGGAGAAAGUUUUAAUUUAUUUAGAUCGAUUGGAGAAACAAAAUGUGAUAACUCCGGUAAAGUCGAGUGACUGGGCGUCUCCUGUUAUUGUUGUAAUGAAAAAAGAUAAUCAGAUUAGAUUGGUGAUUGACUGCAGGGUCUCAAUCAACAAGGUGUUGGUUCCAAAUUCCUAUCCUUUGCCGGUUGCAUGUGAUUUAUUUGCUAAAUUGGCAAAUUGCAAGGUUUUUUGUUGUUUGGAUUUGGAGGGAGCUUAUACUCAACUUGCUUUAUCGGAGAGGUCCAGAAAAUUUAUGGUUAUUAAUACUAUUAAAGGUUUGUUUACAUAUAACCGUUUACCACAGGGGGCUUCUCCUAGUGCGUCAAUUUUUCAAUUUGUCAUGGACCAAAUAUUGGGUGGCAUUGAAAAUGUUUUCUGUUACUUGGAUGAUGUGUUAAUAGCAGGAGAGAAUGUUGAUGAUUGUCGUCAGAAGCUGUUAAUUGUUUUGGACAGACUUGCGAAGGCAAACAUUAAAGUAAAUUGGGAAAAGUGCAAAUUUUUUGUGCCUGAAUUAAAUUAUUUGGGACAUAUUAUUGGGGAGAAAGGUUUAAUGACCAGCCCUGACAAAAUUUCAACUAUACAAAAAGCUAAAGUGCCUACAAAUGUACAUGAACUAAAGUCUUAUUUGGGAUUGAUUAAUUAUUAUAACAGAUUUGUGCCUAAUUUAUCUUCCAAGUUAUAUCAUCUCUACAAUUUGUUGAGGAAAAAUGUUAAAUUUGUCUGGAGUCAUGAUUGUGACACGGCAUUUCAAGAAAGUAAACAAUCUUUGAUUAAAGCCAAUAUUUUGGAGUUUUAUGAUCCCCAUAAAGAAAUUGUUGUGGUGUCUGACGCCUCGGGCUAUGGUCUGGGAGGAGUAAUUGCUCAUGUAAUUGACAAGGUUGAAAAACCAAUUAGUUUUACCUCUUUUAGUUUAGAUGACGCACAAAAAAAGUAUCCAAUUCUGCAUUUGGAAGCUUUGGCAUUAGUUUGUACUAUUAAGAAAUUUCAUAAAUAUUUAUUUGGACAAGAGUUUAUUGCUUACACUGAUCACAAACCCUUGCUGGGGAUUUUCGGCAAGGAGGGCAAAAACUCAAUAUUUGUAACGAGACUUCAACGCUAUAUUUUGGAGCUGUCCAUUUACAAGUUUGAGCUCAGAUACAGGCCUUCUGCGAAAAUGGGAAAUGCGGAUUUUUGUUCGCGAUUUCCAUUGGAGCAGGCGGUGCCUGCUGAGUUAGAUCAAGAUUUUGUUCGGAGCAUAAAUUUCAGUAACACAUUGCCAAUAGAUUAUGUUAUGGUUGCGAAGGUGACAAAGGACGACGUUUAUUUACAACAAAUUAUUAACUAUCUGCGUGAUGGUUGGCCGCUUAAGUUUGACAAACGCUUAAUGGACGUUUUUGCAAAUCAGAAAGAUUUGGAAGUAGUUGAAGGGUGCGUUUUGUACCAGGACAGGGUGGUUAUACCACGUUUAAUGCAAAGCGGAAUUUUGACACUUUUGCAUGCCAAUCACGCAGGGAUAGUGAAAAUGAAACAUGUCUAUUGGUUUGGUAUAAACAAAGAUAUUGAAAGCUUUGUCUCAACUUGUGAUGUAUGCGCUAGCAUGGCAGUGGUGCCAAAACCAAAAAUUUUGUCUCAGUGGACUCCAACAACAAGACCAUUUAGUAGGAUACAUAUUGAUUUUUUCCAUUUUUCUCAUAGCAAUUUUCUUUUAAUUGUGGAUUCAAACACAAAGUGGUUAGAGAUUGAGUGGAUGAAGAAAGGUACGGAUUGUGCCAAAGUAUUGCAGAAAUUGGUUGCAUAUUUUGCAAGAUUUGGGUUACCAGAUGUUUUGGUAUCGGACGGCGGUCCUCCAUUUAAUUCUCAUGCAUUUGUUUCAUUUCUUGAAAAACAGGGCAUUAAGGUGUUGAAAAGUCCACCAUAUAAUCCAUCUAGUAAUGGCCAAGCUGAAAGGCUGGUGAGAACUGCGAAGGAUGUUUUAAAGAAGUUUUUACUAGAACCUGCAAUGGCUGAGAUUGAUUUGGAGAACCAGAUUAGUUUGUUUUUGAUGAAUUAUAGGAACAAUGUAGUUUCUAGUACCGGGCAACUUCCUGCGGAAAAGGUGUUCAAUUAUAAACCUAAAACUUUGCUUGAUUUACUUAAUCCCAAAAACAAUUAUAAGCAGCAUCUUCUCAAGCAACAAUCCUCGCCUGAUGAAAACCUAGAUGAUUGUCUUAGGGAUGUGGAAGUUUCUAAUGACUUUUUAAAAGAUCUGAUUCCAGGGGAUGUUGUAUGGUACAAAAACCAUAAUGCGCAUAUCCCAAACAAAUGGAUUAGAGCACAUUUUCUAAAACAAUUUUCCAAAAACUUAUUCCAGGUGUCGGUUGGAAGCGCUCGGGUGAUGGCCCACAAGAUGCAGCUUAAACCCCAUCACGAGCGUAAGGAGCGCCCGAAUGUGCACCUGUUUCCGGUGGUGCACGGCGAAUACGAGGGCGAGGAGGAAGCAGUUUGUACGGCUGCAGCAGAUAUUAGUUCGGAAGAAGAAUUUCGAGGAUUUCCGGUGAUGGCUGGAGGAAAAAGAAGAAAAAGAAGUGCGCUUACGGCAGAAUUGCCUGAAGAGUAUCCACGCAGAUCAAAAAGGCUCAGAAAGCCGAUUCAUGAUUUGAAUUAUCAAUAUAAUUAG